UCAGGUCCCUCCUCAGAGGCUGCCAAGGGACGGGGACUCCUCCUGCCGUCCAUGCAAUGGGUGUCGGCCGGAGGAAGCUGGGCCUGCUCUGGGCCCUGGCUCUCGCCCUGGCCUGCACCGGGCAUAGAGGCCACGCCCAGGAUGGCUCCUCGGAAUCCAGUUACGAGCACCACCCCGUCCUCCCUCCCGUUGCCCAGGGGCCCGGCGGGGUCCCGCUCCGAGGGGUGACUGUCUUCCCGCCUCUGAGAACUGUCCCAGUGGUAAGAGCCCUGAAUCCGGCGCACAACGGGCGUGUGUGCAGCACGUGGGGUGACUUCCAUUACAAGACCUUCGACGGCGACGUCUUCCGCUUCCCGGGCCUCUGCAACUACGUGUUCUCUGAGCACUGCGGCGCCGCCUACGAGGACUUCAACGUCCAGCUGCGCCGAAGCCGGGAGUCGGGCUCCCCCACGCUAAGCAGGGUCCUCAUGAAGGUGGACGGCAUGGUCAUCCAGCUCACCAAGGGCUCUGUCCUGGUCCACGGCCGCCCGGUCCAGCUGCCCUUCAGCCAGUCUGGGGUCCUCAUUCAGCAGAGCAGCAGCUACACCAAGGUGGAAGCCAGGCUGGGCCUUGUCCUCAUGUGGAACCACGAUGACAGCCUGCUGCUGGAGCUGGACACCAAAUACGCCAACAAGACCUGUGGGCUCUGCGGGGACUUCAACGGCCUACCCGUGCUCAGCGAGCUCCUCUCCCACAACACCAAGCUGACACCCUUGGAGUUUGGGAACCUGCAGAAGAUGGACGGUCCCACGGAGCAGUGUCCCGACCCUAUCCCUGAACCACCGAGGAACUGCUCUACCGGCUUCGGCAUCUGCGAGGAGCUCCUGAGCAGCGGGCUGUUCUCCGACUGCACGGCCCUGGUGGACGUGGGCAGCUACCUGGAGGCCUGCAGGCAAGACCUCUGCUUCUGCGAAGGCACCGACCUGUCCAGCUGCGUCUGCCACACCCUUGCCGAGUACUCCCGGCAGUGCGCCCACGCUGGGGGUCUGCCCCAGGACUGGCGGGGCCCGGACCUCUGCCCCCAGAUAUGCCCCCACAACAUGCAGUACCAUGAGUGCCGCUCGCCCUGUGCAGACACCUGCUCCAACCAGGAGCACUCCCGGGCCUGCGAAGACCACUGUGUGGCCGGCUGCUUCUGCCCCGAGGGGAUGGUGCUGGAUGACAUCGGCCAGACUGGGUGUGUGCCUGUGUCUCAGUGCACCUGUGUCUACAAUGGGGCCGUCUAUGCCCCGGGGGCCACCUACUCUACAGACUGCACCAACUGCACCUGCUCCGGAGGCCGGUGGAGCUGCCAGGAGGUCCCGUGCCCGGGCACCUGCUCUGUGCUUGGAGGUGCCCACUUCUCGACAUUUGAUGGGAGGCACUACACGGUCCAUGGGGACUGCAGCUAUGUGCUGACCAAGCCCUGUGAUGGCAGCACCUUCACCGUGCUGGCUGAGCUGCGUAGGUGUGGGCUGACGGACAGCGAGACCUGCCUGAAGAGCGUGACACUGAGCCUGGAUGGAGUGAGGAUGGUGGUGGUGAUCAAGGCCAGCGGGGAAGUGUUUCUGAACCAGAUCUACACCCAGCUGCCCAUCUCUGCAGCCAACAUCACCAUCUUCAGACCCUCGACCUUCUUCAUCAUCGCCCAGACCAGCCUGGGGCUGCAGCUGGACCUGCAGCUGGUGCCCACCAUGCAGCUAUUCGUGCGGCUGGCACCCGAGCUCCGAGGGCGGACCUGCGGUCUCUGCGGGAACUUCAACAGCAUCCAGGCGGAUGACUUCCGGACCCUCAGUGGGGUGGUGGAGGCCACGGCCGCGGCCUUCUUCAACACCUUCAAGACCCAGGCCGCCUGCCCCAACGUCAGGAACAGCUUUGAGGAUCCCUGCUCCCUGAGCGUGGAGAACGAGAAGUACGCUCAGCACUGGUGCUCACAGCUGACUGACCCUGACGGCCCCUUCACCCGCUGCCACGCGGCUGUGAACCCAGCCACCUACUACUCGAACUGCAUGUUUGACACCUGCAACUGUGAGCGCAGCGAGGACUGCCUGUGUGCCACCCUGUCCUCCUACGUGCAUGCCUGCGCCGCCAAGGGCCUGCAGCUCAGCGGCUGGAGGGAUGGCGUCUGCACAAAGCCCAUGACCACCUGCCCCAAGUCGAUGACCUACCACUACCACAUCAGCACCUGCCAGCCCACUUGCCGCUCCCUGAGUGAGGGGGACGUCACCUGCAGUGUGGACUUUGUCCCUGUGGAUGGCUGUGCCUGUCCCAAGGGCACCUUGCUGGAUGACACGGGCAAGUGUGUGCCGGCCACCAGCUGUCCCUGCUACCACCGCGGCUCCGUCAUCCCCAGCGGGGAGUCAGUGCACGACAGUGGGGCCAUCUGCACCUGCACGCACGGGCAGCUGAGCUGUAUCGGAGGCCAAGCCCCCACAACAGUGUGUGCUGCGCCCAUGCUAUUCUUUGACUGCCGCAACGCCACGCCCGGGGACACAGGGGCUGGCUGUCAGAAGAGCUGCCACACCCUGGACAUGACCUGUUACAGCCCCCAGUGCGUGCCCGGCUGCGUGUGCCCCGACGGGCUGGUGGCGGACGGCGAGGGUGGCUGCAUUGCUGCGGAAGACUGCCCCUGUGUGCACAACGAGGCCAGCUACCGGGCCGGCCAGACCAUCCGAGUGGGCUGCAAUACCUGCACCUGUGAAAGCAGGAUGUGGCGCUGCACGGAUGACCCCUGCCUGGCCACCUGCGCUGUGUAUGGGGACGGCCACUACCUGACCUUCGACAGCCAGAGCUACAGCUUCAACGGAGACUGCGAGUACACGCUGCUGCAGAAUGACUGUGAUGGGAACAGCAGCGCCCAGGACUCCUUCCGUGUCGUCACGGAGAACGUCCCCUGUGGCACCACAGGGACCACCUGCUCCAAGGCCAUCAAGAUCUUCCUGGGGGGCUCCGAGCUGAAGCUGAGCCACGGGAAGGUGGAGGUGAUCGGGACGGGCGAGGGGCAGGAGGUGCCGUACGCCAUCCGGCAGAUGGGCAUCUACCUGGUGGUGGACACGGACGUCGGCCUGGUGCUGCUGUGGGACAAGAAGACCAGCAUCUUCAUCAGCCUCAGCCCCGAGUUCAAGGGCAGGGUCUGCGGCCUGUGCGGGAACUUCGACGGAAACGCCAACAACGACUUCACCACGCGGAGCCGGUCCGUGGUGGGGGACGCGCUGGAGUUCGGGAACAGCUGGAAGCUCUCCCCGUCCUGUCCGGACGCCACGGUGCCCAAGGACCCCUGCACGGCCAACCCCUUCCGCAAGUCCUGGGCCCAGAAGCAGUGCAGCAUCCUCCACGGCCCCACCUUCGCCGCCUGCCACGCACACGUGGAGCCAGACAGGUACUACGAGGCCUGUGUGAACGACGCGUGCGCCUGUGACUCCGGGGGCGACUGCGAGUGCUUCUGCACGGCCGUGGCUGCCUACGCCCAGGCCUGCCACGAAGUGGGGCUGUGCGUGUCCUGGAGGACCCCCAGCAUCUGCCCUCUAUUCUGUGACUACUACAACCCCGAGGGCCAGUGCGAGUGGCACUACCAGCCCUGCGGGGCGCCCUGCCUGCGGACCUGCCAGAACCCCCGUGGAGACUGCCUGCAGGACCUCCGGGGCCUGGAAGGCUGCUACCCCAAGUGCCCGCCAGAGACUCCCAUCUUUGAUGAGGAGCAGAUGCAGUGCGUGGCCAGGUGCCCGUCCCCACCUCCGUCCCCACCCUGCCACGUGCACGGCAAGUCCUACCGGCCCGGCACAGUGGUGCCCUCGGACAAGAACUGCCAUUCCUGCCUCUGCACUGAGCGUGGCGUACAGUGCACCUACGAUGCCAAAGCCUGUGUCUGCAGCUACGACGGGCAGCGCUUCCGGCCUGGGGAUGUCAUCUACCACACUACGGAUGGCAUGGGCGGCUGCAUCUCUGCCCGCUGUGGGGACAACGGCACCAUCGAGAGGAGGGUCUACCCCUGCAGCCCCUCCACCCCUGCCCCCACAACCACCUUCUCCUUCUCCACACCUCCUCUCGUCCUAAGCUCCACGCCUGUUCCCAGCACCAGCCCAAGCGAGGCGCACACGGGCCCCCCCAGCAGCGCCUGGUCCAUCACAGCGGGCACUUCUCCCAGGACGAGGCCGUCCACAGCCUCCGCCUCGCCGCAGCCGGCCUGUGGGGAAGAGUGCCUGUGGUCGCCGUGGCUGGACAUCAGCCGUCCUGGACGGGGCGUGGACAGCGGUGACUUUGACACGCUGGAGAACCUCCGUGCUCACGGGUACCCGGUGUGCACAGCGCCCAGGUCGGUGGAGUGCCGCGCGGAGGACGCCCCUGGGGUGCCGCUCCAGGCCCUGGGUCAGCAUGUGCUGUGCAGCCCCGACGUGGGGCUGACCUGCCGUAACAGGGAGCAGCCGUCCGGGAUCUGCCACAACUACCAGGUCCGUGUGCUGUGCUGCACGCCCCUCCCCUGCUCCACCGCCAGCACAGCCCCCAGCACCCCUCCAACAACCUCCAAGACCACUGAGACCCGGGCCUCAGCCUCCUCUGCCCCCGGCAGCACACCGGGCCCUGGGCAUCUUUCUACAGCCAGGAAAACACCUGCCCCAGGCCCCAGCACAGCCUCUACUCAGACAACCCGCACUACAAGGAAAACACCUGCCCCAGGCCCCGCAACAUCUGUCAAAACACCUGUCUCAACUCACAGCCCUUCGUCAGAGCCGGCCACAUCGUCCAUGCUGACCACAGCCCCGGGGACGGCCGCAGUCUCCAGCAAGACCAGCCCUCCUGAGCCCAGCACGGUCUCCUGCCUACAGGAGUUCUGCACCUGGACCGAGUGGAUUGAUGGCAGCUACCCGGGUCCCGAAAUAAGUAGCGGAGAUUUUGACACAUUUCAAAAUUUGAGAGCCAAAGGAUAUAAGUUCUGUGAACAUCCUCGAGCAGUGGAGUGCCGGGCGGAGAGCUUCCCCAACACGCCGCUGGCAGACCUGGAGCAGGACGUCACCUGCAGCCGCACGGAGGGUCUCAUUUGCCUCAACAAGAACCAGCUCCCACCCAUCUGCUACAACUACGAGAUCCGCAUCCAGUGCUGUGAGAGGGUGGAUGUGUGCAGAGAGGGCACCAGACCGCCCAGGACAGGCACAACCACACGGACGACCCCACACCGAACCAGCGCCAAGGCCCAGGCCACUUCCACCACACACAAGCCCUCAGCUUCCACAUCGCACCCCACAGCCACCUCUAGAGCCGGGUCCACAGCAACCAGUGUCACGCGCGGCACCCACACCCAACCACCCACCAGAGACUGUCAGCCCCGGUGCAGCUGGACCAAGUGGUUCGAUGUGGACUUUCCGUCCCCCGGGCCCCACGGGGGAGACGAGGAAACCUACAGCAACAUCAUCCGGAGCGGGGAGAGAAUCUGCCGCCGACCUGAGGACAUCACCAGGCUCCAGUGCCGAGCCGAGAGCCACCCGGAGGUGAGCAUCGAACACCUGGGCCAGGUGGUGCAGUGCAGCCGCGAGGAGGGCCUGGUGUGCCGGAACCAGGACCAGCAGGGGCCCUUCAAGAUGUGCCUCAACUACGAGGUGCGCGUGCUCUGCUGCGAGAUCCCCAAAGGCUGCCCCGUGACCACACCAGUCACAGCUCCUGGCACUCCAAGUGAGAGAGCCACCAGCCCAACACACAGCACCUCUUGGAAAAAAUCCAGGACAACCAAUUUGGUGACAACCAGCACAACCUCCACUGCACAGAACAGCACAACCUCUGUUCCACAGACCAGCACGACCUCUGCCCCUACAAGCAGCACAACCUCUGCUCCACAGACCAGCACAACCUCUGCUCCUACAAGCAGCACAACCUCUGCUCCACAGACCAGCACACGCUCAGCUCCUACAACCAGCACAACCUCUGCUCCACAGACCAGCACGACCUCUGCCCCUACAAGCAGCACAACCUCUGCUCCACAGACCAGCACGACCUCUGCCCCUACAAGCAGCACAACCUCUGCUCCACAGACCAGCACGACCUCUGCCCCUACAAGCAGCACAACCUCUGCUCCACAGACCAGCACAACCUCUGGUCCUGGAACCACUCCCAGCCCUGUUCCCACCACCAGCACAACCUCUGCUCCUAUAACCAGCACAACCUCUGCCCCUACAACCAGCACGACCUCUGCCCCUACAAGCAGCACAACCUCUGCUCCACAGACCAGCACAACCUCUGCCCCUACAAGCAGCACAACCUCUGCUCCACAGACCAGCACGACCUCUGGUCCUGGAACGACUCCCAGCCCUGUUCCCACCACCAGCACAACCUCUGCUCCACAGACCAGCACGACCUCUAGUCCUGGAACCACUCCCAGCCCUGUUCCCACCACCAGCACAAGCUCAGCUCCUGUAACCAGCACAACCUCUGCUCCUACAACCAGCACAACCUCUGCUCCACAGACCAGCACAACCACUGGUCCUGGAACGACUCCCAGCCCUGUUCCCACCACCAGCACAACCUCUGCUCCUGCAACCAGCACAACCUCUGCCCCUACAACCAGCACAACCUCUGCCCCUACAACCAGCACAACCUCUGCUCCACAGACCAGCACAACCUCUGCUCCACAGACCAGCACAACCACUGGUCCUGGAACGACUCCCAGCCCUGUUCCCACCACCAGCACAACCUCUGCUCCUGCAACCAGCACAACCUCUGCCCCUACAACCAGCACAACCUCUGCCCCUACAACCAGCACAACCUCUGCCCCUACAACCAGCACAACCUCUGCCCCUACAACCAGCACAAGCUCAGCUCCUGUAACGAGCACGACCUCGGCUCCCAGCACCAGCACAACCUUUGCUCCUACAAGCAGUACGACCUCUGCUCCACAGACCAGCACGACCUCUGGUCCUGGAACCACUCCCAGCCCUGUUCCCACCACCAGCACAACCUCGGCUCCUAUAACCAGCACAACCUCUGCCCCUACAACCAGCACGACCUCGGCUCCUGUAACCAGCACAACCUCUACUCCUAUAACCAGCAAGACCUCUGCCCCUACAACCAGCACAAGCUCAGCUCCUGUAACCAGCACAACCUCGGCUUCCAGCACCAGCACAACCUCUGCCCCUACAACCAGCACAACCUCGGCUCCCAGCACCAGCACAACCUCUGUUUCAAAGACCAGCACAAGCCACGUUUCCGUAUCCACGACAAGUCAGUCCCGAGACUGUCAGCCCCGGUGCAGCUGGACCAAGUGGUUCGACGUGGACUUUCCGUCCCCCGGGCCCCACGGGGGAGACGAGGAAACCUACAGCAACAUCAUCCGGAGCGGGGAGAGAAUCUGCCGCCGACCUGAGGACAUCACCAGGCUCCAGUGCCGAGCCGAGAGCCACCCGGAGGUGAGCAUCGAACACCUGGGCCAGGUGGUGCAGUGCAGCCGCGAGGAGGGCCUGGUGUGCCGGAACCAGGACCAGCAGGGGCCCUUCAAGAUGUGCCUCAACUACGAGGUGCGUGUGCUCUGCUGCGAGAUCCCCAAAGGCUGCCCCGUGACCACACCAGUCACAGCUCCUGGCACUCCAAGUGAGAGAGCCACCAGCCCAACACACAGCACCUCCUCAUGGAAAAAAUCCAGGACAACCAAUUUGGUGACAACCAGCACAACCUCCACUGCACAGAGCAGCACAACCUCUGCUCCACAGACCAGCACGACCUCUGCCCCUACAAGCAGCACAACCUCUGCUCCACAGACCAGCACGACCUCUGCCCCUACAAGCAGCACAACCUCUGCUCCACAGACCAGCACAACCUCUGGUCCUGGAACCACUCCCAGCCCUGUUCCCACCACCAGCACAACCUCUACUCCUAUAACCAGCAAGACCUCUGCCCCUACAACCAGCACAACCUCUGCCCCUACAACCAGCACAACCUCGGCUCCCAGCACCAGCACAACCUCUGCUCCUACAAUCAGCACGACCUCUGCUCCACAGACCAGCAUGACCUCUGGUCCUGGAACCACUCCCAGCCCUGUUCCCACCACCAGCACAACCUCUACUCCUACAACCAGCACAACCUCUGCCCCUACAACCAGCACAACCUCUGCUCCACAGACCAGCACGACCUCUGGUCCUGGAACGACUCCCAGCCCUGUUCCCACCACCAGCACAACCUCUACUCCUACAACCAGCACAACCUCUGCCCCUACAACCAGCACAAGCUCAGCUCCUGUAACCAGCACGACCUCGGCUUCCAGCACCAGCACAACCUCUGUUUCAAAGACCAGCACAAGCCAUGUUUCCGUAUCCACGACAAGUCAGUCUCGAGACUGUCAGCCCCGGUGCAGCUGGACCAAGUGGUUCGACGUGGACUUUCCGUCCCCCGGGCCCCACGGGGGAGACGAGGAAACCUACAGCAACAUCAUCCGGAGCGGGGAGAGAAUCUGCCGCCGACCUGAGGACAUCACCAGGCUCCAGUGCCGAGCCGAGAGCCACCCGGAGGUGAGCAUCGAACACCUGGGCCAGGUGGUGCAGUGCAGCCGCGAGGAGGGCCUGGUGUGCCGGAACCAGGACCAGCAGGGGCCCUUCAAGAUGUGCCUCAACUACGAGGUGCGCGUGCUCUGCUGCGAGAUCCCCAAAGGCUGCCCCGUGACCACACCAGUCACAGCUCCUGGCCCUCCAAGUGAGAGAGCCACCAGCCCAACACACAGCACCUCUUGGAAAAAAUCCAGGACAACCAAUUUGGUGACAACCAGCACAACCUCCACUGCACAGAGCAGCACAACCUCUGCUCCACAGACCAGCACGACCUCUGCCCCUACAAGCAGCACAACCUCUGCUCCACAGACCAGCACGACCUCUGCCCCUACAAGCAGCACAACCUCUGCUCCACAGACCAGCACACGCUCAGCUCCUAUAACCAGCACGACCUCAGCUUCCAGCACCAGCACAACCUCUGCUCCUACAACCAGCACAACCUCUGCUCCACAGACCAGCACGACCUCUGCCCCUACAAGCAGCACAACCUCUGCUCCACAGACCAGCACAACCUCUGGUCCUGGAACGACUCCCAGCCCUGUUCCCACCACCAGCACAACCUCUACUCCUAUAACCAGCACAACCUCUGCUUCUACAACCAGCACAACCUCUGCUCCUACAACCAGCACAACCUCUGCCCCUACAACCAGCACAACCUCUACUCCUAUAACCAGCAAGACCUCUGCCCCUACAACCAGCACAAGCUCAGCUCCUGUAACCAGCAGAACCUCGGCUACCAGCACCAGCACAACCUCUGCUCCUACAACCAGCACGACCUCUGCUCCACAGACCAGCACGACCUCUGGUCCUGGAACCACUCCCAGCCCUGUUCCCACCACCAGCACAACCUCGGCUCCCAGCACCAGCACAACCUCUGUUUCAAAGACCAGCACAAGCCAUGUUUCCGUAUCCACGACAAGUCAGUCUCGAGACUGUCAGCCCCGGUGCAGCUGGACCAAGUGGUUUGACGUGGACUUUCCGUCCCCCGGGCCCCACGGGGGAGACGAGGAAACCUACAGCAACAUCAUCCGGAGCGGGGAGAGAAUCUGCCGCCGACCUGAGGACAUCACCAGGCUCCAGUGCCGAGCCGAGAGCCACCCGGAGGUGAGCAUCGAACACCUGGGCCAGGUGGUGCAGUGCAGCCGCGAGGAGGGCCUGGUGUGCCGGAACCAGGACCAGCAGGGGCCCUUCAAGAUGUGCCUCAACUACGAGGUGCGCGUGCUCUGCUGCGAGAUCCCCAAAGGCUGCCCCGUGACCACACCAGUCACAGCUCCUGGCCCUCCAAGUGAGAGAGCCACCAGCCCAACACACAGCACCUCCUCAUGGAAAAAAUCCAGGACAACCAAUUUGGUGACAACCAGCACAACCUCCACUGCACAGAGCAGCACAACCUCUGUUCCACAGACCAGCACGACCUCUGCCCCUACAAGCAGCACAACCUCUGCUCCACAGACCAGCACACGCUCAGCUCCUAUAACCAGCACGACCUCGGCUUCCAGCACCAGCACAACCUCUGCUCCACAGACCAGCACGACCUCUAGUCCUGGAACGACUCCCAGCCCUGUUCCCACCACCAGCACAACCUCUGCUCCACAGACCAGCACAACCUCUGCUCCAACAACCAGCACAACCUCUGCCCCUACAACCAGCACAAGCUCAGCUCCUGUAACGAGCACAACCUCGGCUCCCAGCACCAGCACAACCUUUGCUCCUACAAGCAGUACGACCUCUGCUCCACAGACCAGCACGACCUCUGGUCCUGGAACCACUCCAAGCCCUGUUCCCACCACCAGCACAACCUCUACUCCUAUAACCAGCACAACCUCUGCCCCUAUAACCAGCACAACCUCUGCCCCUAUAACCAGCACAACCUCUGCCCCUACAACCAGCACAACCUCGGCUCCCAGCACCAGCACAACCUCUACUCCUAUAACCAGCAAGACCUCUGCCCCUACAACCAGCACAAGCUCAGCUCCUGUAACCAGCACAACCUCGGCUUCCAGCACCAGCACAACCUCUGCCCCUACAACCAGCACGACCUCUGCUUCUACAACCAGCACGACCUCUGCUCCACAGACCAGCACAACCUCUGGUCCUGGAACCACUCCCAGCCCUGUUCCCACCACCAGCACAACCUCUACUCCUAUAACCAGCACAACCUCUGCUCCUACAAUCAGCACAACCUCUGCACCACAGACCAGCACAACCUCUGGUCCUGGAACCACUCCCAGCCCUGUUCCCACCACCAGCACAACCUCUACUCCUACAACCAGCACAACCUCUGCCCCUACAACCAGCACAAGCUCAGCUCCUGUAACCAGCACGACCUUGGCUCCCAGCACCAGCACAACCUCUGCUCCUACAAUCAGCACGACCUCUGCUCCACAGACCAGCACGACCUCUGGUCCUGGAACCACUCCCAGCCCUGUUCCCACCACCAGCACAACCUCGGCUCCCAGCACCAGCACAACCUCUGUUUCAAAGACCAGCACAAGCCAUGUUUCCGUAUCCACGACAAGUCAGUCUCGAGACUGUCAGCCCCGGUGCAGCUGGACCAAGUGGUUCGACGUGGACUUUCCGUCCCCCGGGCCCCACGGGGGAGACGAGGAAACCUACAGCAACAUCAUCCGGAGCGGGGAGAGAAUCUGCCGCCGACCUGAGGACAUCACCAGGCUCCAGUGCCGAGCCGAGAGCCACCCGGAGGUGAGCAUCGAACACCUGGGCCAGGUGGUGCAGUGCAGCCGCGAGGAGGGCCUGCUGUGCCGGAACCAGGACCAGCAGGGGCCCUUCAAGAUGUGCCUCAACUACGAGGUGCGUGUGCUCUGCUGCGAGACCCCCAAAGGCUGCCCCGUGACCUCCAUUUCUCCCUAUGGGACUUCUACCAAAACCACAUAUCCUUCACCGUCUACCUUCGUGCCGUCCACCUCUGUGGCAUUCACAUCCGUGGCAUCUACCUCUGUGGCACCGAGCUCUGUGGCUUACACCACCCCAACCUGCUUCUGCAACGUGGCUGACCGGCUGUACCCUGCGGGGUCCACCAUAUACCGCCACAGAGACCUCGCUGGCCACUGCUACUAUGCCCUCUGCAGCCCGGACUGCCAAGUGGUCAGAGGGGUCGACAGUGACUGCCCGUCUACCACGCCGCCUCCUGCCCUGGCCACGUCCCCUUCCACAGCCACCUCUGAGCCCGAGCUGGGAUGCCCAAAUGCGGUGCCCCCCAGAAAGAAAGGGGAGACCUGGCCCAUGCCCAACUGCUCCGAGGCCACCUGCGAGGGCCACAACGUCAUCUCUCUGCACCCGCGCAAGUGCCCGAGGGUGGAGAAGCCCACCUGUGCCAAUGGCUACCCGGCCGUGAAGGUGGCUGAUCAGGACGGCUGCUGCCAGCAUUACCAGUGCCAGUGUGUGUGCAGCGGCUGGGGCGACCCACACUACAUCACCUUCGAUGGCACCUACUACACCUUCCUGGACAACUGCACCUACGUGCUGGUGCAGCAGAUCGUGCCCGUGUUCGGCCACUUCCGCGUCCUCAUCGACAACUAUUUCUGCGACGCGGAGGAUGGGCUCUCCUGCCCGAGGUCCAUCAUCCUUGAGUACCGGCAGGACCGCGUGGUGCUGACCCGCAGGCCAGUCCGCGGUGUGAUGACCAACGAGAUCAUCUUCAACAACAAGGUGGUCAGCCCCGGGUUCCAGAAAGACGGCAUCACAGUGUCCCGCGUGGGCAUCAAGAUGUACGCGACCAUCCCGCAGCUGGGCGUGCAGGUCAUGUUCUCUGGCCUCAUCUUCUCUGUGGAGGUGCCCUUCAGCACAUUUGCCAACAACACCGAGGGCCAAUGUGGUACGUGUACCAACGACCGUAAGGACGAGUGCCGCAUGCCAGGUGGAAGGGUGGCCGCUUCCUGCUCGGAGAUGUCCGGCCUCUGGAAUGUGAGCGAACCCGGCCAGCCGGCCUGCCACGGUCCCCGCCCAGUGCCCACCCCUGCUGGGCCCACCACCGCCAGGCCCUUCACCACCCCUGCUCCGUGCCCUCCGGCACCCAUCUGCCAGCUGAUUCUGAGCAAGGUCUUCGAGCCGUGCCACACUGUGAUCCCCCCGCUGCCCUUCUACGAGGGCUGUGCCUUCGACCAUUGCCACAUGACCGACCCGGGCGUGGUGUGCUCCAGCCUGGAGCUGUACGCAGCGCUCUGCACGUCCCAGGGCAUCUGCGUCGACUGGAGAGGCCACACCAACCACACGUGCCCGUUCACCUGCCCGGCCGACACUGUGUACCUGCCCUGCGGCCCAACCAGCCCCUCCUACUGCUAUGGGAAUGACAGCGCUGGCCUCGGGGCUCUGCAGAAGGCCGGCCCCAUCACUGAAGGCUGCUUCUGCCCAGAGGGCAUGGUCCUCUUCAGCACCAGUGCCCAAGUCUGCGUGCCCACAGGCUGCCCCCGGUGUCUGGGGCCCCACGGAGAGCCAGUGGAGGGGGGCCACAACGUCAGCGUGGACUGCCGGGAGUGCAUGUGCGAGGCAGCCACCUGGACACUGACCUGCCGGCCCAAGCCCUGCCCGCUGCCCCCUGCCUGCCCCCUGCCCGGCUUUGUGCCUGUGCCUGCAGCCCCGCAGACCGGCCAGUGCUGUCCCCAGUACAGCUGCGCCUGCAACUCCAGCCACUGCCCCGCACCCGUGGGCUGUCCCGAGGGUGCCCGUGAGAUCCUGACCCACGAGGAGGGAGCCUGCUGCCCAGUCCAAAACUGCAGCUGGACAGUGUGCAGCAUCAAUGGGACCCUGUACCAGCCUGGCGCUGUGGUCUCCUCGAGCCUGUGCGAAACCUGCAGGUGUGAGCUGCCCGGCGGCCCCCUGUCGGACUCAUUUGUAGUCAGCUGUGAGACCCAGAUCUGCAACUCACACUGCCCCGUGGGCUUCGAGUACCGGGAGCAGCGUGGGCAGUGCUGUGGCACCUGCGUUCAGGUCGCCUGUGUCACCAACACCAGCGACAGCCCCGCCCACCUCUUCUAUCCCGGCGAGACCUGGUCAGACCCUGGGAACCACUGUGUGACCCACGAGUGUGAGAAGCACCGGGAUGGGCUUGUGGUGGUCACCACGAAGAAGGCGUGCCCCCCACUCAGCUGUUCUCUGGACCAGGCCCGCAUGAGCGAGGACGCCUGCUGCCUCUUCUGCCCGCCGCCCCUGCCCCAGAACCAGUCGACCUGUGCUGUGCAUUAUCGGAGCCAGACCAUCCGGCAGCAGGGCUGCAGAUCCGAGGGGCCCGUGCGCCUGGCCUACUGCCAGGGCAACUGCGGAGACAGCUCCUCCAUGUACUCGCUCAAGGCUAACGUGCUGGAGCACAGGUGCCAGUGCUGCCAGGAGCUACGGACCUCGCCGAGGAACGUGACCCUGCACUGCUCUGACGGCUCCCGCCGGGCCUUCCGCUACACAGAGGUGGAAGAGUGCGGCUGCACGGGCCAGCGGUGCCCUGCACCGGGUGACACCCAGCACUCGGAGGAGGCGGAACCCGAGCAAAGCCAGGAGGCAGAGAGCGGGAGCUGGGAGAGAGGGGCCCCAGCGUCCUCCAUCAACUGAGCAGUACUGCCGUCCUCCCGACCCCCAAGAAGAAUCGCCUGAGUGUCCUCCCAGCUCAGCUUCCAAAGCCAGUGGAACCUGUGCCCUCAUUCAGGUGGCUGCAGCCUUCGAAUGCACUGUCCACGCCCGCUCUCGCAGGGGGUCUGGGCUGUGGUCACCACUGCCUGGAGGAGGGGCCCGUCCCCGCCUGCAGCCACCGUUCAGGACCAGCCCGGGGCCAGUGGAUGCCUCUGGCCCAUGUGUCCAGCCCACUGUUCUUGGGACUAGAGCCUCAGCCGAGGGGCUCAGGAAUGACACUUGGACAUGGUGGUCAGCCGCCCGGGGGCUGCGGGAGGAAGAGCCUCACUCCUACCUCAGCUCUUGGCCUGCGCCCCUCCUCAGGACGUGGCCAAUCGGCUGCAUAAAUACACUUGAGCAUUUUGCAA